CGCGUGCGCACACCAGGGGGCGUGUUUGUUUUAUAUGACAAAAUGUUUUGUUUUCCAACCCGAUGAAAUGGGUGAGCUGAGAUGAGUAAACACGGACUAACGACGGUAAACUCUUCUUAGUGAGCUCGUACCAGCCUAUAACAAGACAACGCCAUGGGGAAUACCAACAGUGAGAGGGCUGCCAUGGGACAGGGGGAGAAAGCUCAGCGGAGGGACAGCCGAGGUACCAAGGAUGGAGGAGGGCCCAAAAUCCUGAUGGACAGCCCUGAGGACGCAGAUAUUUUUCACAGUGAUGACAUGAAAGCACCUUUAGGGAAAGAAGAGUUCCUUAAAUGGCAGCAAGACUUAGAAGCAGAUGACAAAGGGCCAACUCUAGACCGCCCCACAGUCUUUCGCUGGACUGGGGAUGGCAAAGAGGUCUACCUCUCUGGAUCCUUCAACAACUGGGCCAACAAGAUUCCCCUCAUUAGAAGUCAGAACACCUUUGUGGCCAUUGUUGAUCUACCUGAAGGGGAGCAUCAGUACAAAUUUUAUGUGGAUGGCCAGUGGACCCACGACCCAGCUGAGCCAGUUGUUACCAGUCAGCUCGGGACAGUCAACAAUAUUAUCCAGGUGAAGAAAACGGACUUCGAGGUGUUUGAUGCUCUGAUGGUGGACUCGCAGAAAUGCUCCGACAUGUCAGACCUUUCCAGCUCUCCUCCCGGGCCCUAUCACCAGGAUGCCUAUGUUCCUAAACAGGAAGAGAAGUUUAAGUCUCCGCCCAUACUCCCACCCCACCUGCUGCAGGUCAUCCUCAACAAAGACACUGGGAUUUCUUGUGACCCCGCAUUACUCCCAGAACCCAACCAUGUCAUGCUCAACCACCUCUACGCUCUUUCCAUUAAGGAUGGAGUGAUGGUGCUGAGUGCAACACACCGCUACAAGAAGAAGUAUGUCACCACCCUGCUAUAUAAGCCCAUCUGACUGAAGACUGCCUUUUCAAUCCCGACCGAGUGUGUUAACUGUAGUGUAACGGAGUGUACAAAAUAUUAGCUUCACCUCUUCUUUCUAUAAGAGAGAGCAGGUGAGUCCAGGACAUACUGCCUGGAUGAGAAUCUUAGAUUAAGCUAAAGCUAAUGAGAGGUUAACAGCUCAGCGGUUAUGUCCUGCACACUCACUGUACACCCAGUUGUUGUACACAUCUGAUGCAAUGCCGCUCAGUCACUCCAAUCCUACAUAAUCUGCCUUUACUUGUACACUGAUUACCGUCUGAGGUUUUUAACACUAUCUGUGCUUAGUAGACAUAGAGAGGCAGUACUAAUGAGGUAGGACCCUAUGACAUGUCUAUGAUCAAAUCAGACAGAAAGAGGAGGAUUGAUAAUGCCGGGAAAAAGGACUGAAAGUCCUCAGAUACAGGCUGCUGUAGUGUUUCUCACCAUUGAGAAGACAACAGCGGUACAAUCAAGAAUGUGAAUGUGGACGUCAACGAAGGAAUAAAUGCACUGCACUAGUUCUCAACUGUUUUCAUUUGCCUGUUUAUCAUGAUAAAUUGCUGAGUUUUAUUUAGUGAUAAUGAAAAGCACACAGUAGAUGUUUUUAUCAUUCAAUUGUUCAGUAAUGUGUUUUUUUUCUACUUUGGUUGAUGUUUUUUUUUUUUCAAAAGCGUUCUAUGGUUGCAGUGUUGUGGUAAAGACUUAAAAAGAACAGGUUGUUAGUCGGGCGUAGGGCAACGUAGUUAAACCAAAACAUCAUGAUUUAUAACUUUUGAGACUACAUUUUUGGUCCAAACUUUAUUAGCUUUGCACUAUCAAAAAAGUUUAUUUUGACUGUAGAAUAUGCAUACAGUGUACGUACUCGUGCAGCACGACAAUGUAUCAGAAAAUGCUUACCCUUGUGAACGCAAAAGAAGUUUAAGUGGUCUUUACACUGAAUAACAUAAUGUUCCUUUUUUAAAUCUAUAUAAAUGCAUUCCAAAAAUGAAGAGUCACAUGAGAUAGUUGUCACACCCUGAUUUAGUCAAUAUGGCAAUAUGGUUUGUGACAUCAAACAUACCCAAUCUUCAGUAGCAGUGCCAGUUUAAGAUGAUUGAUGAAAAUACACUAAAGACAUGUUACAGGAAACUAAAAUAUUUAGGUAGGCAUUACCAAAUCUGACUUAAAAGAACCACAACACGUUUUUAUAGUUGACAUUUUUGUACUGUUUAUGGUUUAUGAAUUCAUUAAGUAUGAAGAACUGGAAUUUGUCUUAAGUUAAAUAUGACUUGUAGCAUCCAUUUACAUCAAUGUGUCUUGGUAUAGUUUCCAUUAACAAAUGUGACCAUGAUGUUAAUUAUUUUUGUUCUAUACUUCAGGCCAGUAGAGGCUGAUGAUCUCCUCAGAAAAAAAAGAUCUCAUUUGUUUUUGUUACUACUGCUGUGGUCUCUGAACUAACAUGGUAAUAUUUUUUUGAUGCGGAAAAGAUAGAUUUUCUAAUAAAUUGUGUCAUUAACAAUGUUGUUGGCCUUUUGAA